AUGACUGAACUCAAUACGACGCACGAAUUCGAACCGCACUUUUUUCAUGCUUUAAAUUCAUCUCAACGCAUACAGGAUCAACUACGCCCAGAGCACGCUUUGCUACCGCCCGCUGAUGUUGUUGUGGAUAGUUCGACGUAUGGCAUACAAAGUGUGUCGGAUAGCAACGUCUUCGUUGAAUAUACUGCGCCCGCAGAUUCCACAAGAUUCUCACUCGGCAACAGCGCUGUGGACGACGGCAUACUCUUUCCCCAGUUGACAGAGAGUUUCACCUACCACAAUUUCUACAGCAAUCAAGGAUAUCGUUUUGCCGCCCCCAAGACAUUGGGCCCGUGGCGACGGCCCCCUUCGCCCCCCGAUGUGAUACCGGCGGCGUUAAGCUGUGAUUGGAUUGACGCCAAGAACGAAGAAACGACUUCGAGGAUCUGGAAGCAUGCGAACAAUUCAGAUACUAUCUAUCCGUCGAUCGAAGAGAUAAAACAAAAUUCGCUAAACGGGCUGAUGACCAUCGCGAAAGGUGCUUAUGAAAAACCUUUUGAGGACUGGAAAUAUCCUUGGCAUAAGUGUAUUAAAACUGAAGUAAGCGCAGCACUUCUUAUUGAUAUCAUUGAACUCAACAUCCACGCUGUGAGUUCUGCUUUCUCCAGACUGAAUAAGAAAUGGGUCUGGUCGUGAAUGAGGGCAAAACGAAAUAUCUUCAGUCAUCAAACAAACAAUCAUCACACUGGCGACUUGUCUUUCCCGUCACUGUUGACAGUCAUAACUUCGAAGUCGUUGAAAAUUCCGUCUAUCUUGGAACCUGCAUUAACCCCAACAACA